CCUUAGUAGGGGGUGGUACGGUUCGGCCCUGUCUCGAGUUCAUGUGGCUGAGUACCCGGAUGUAGAUGCUAACGGUCGCUUUCGCCUGCACAAGCGAGACAAAGAGGCAGAGAGGCAGAGACGCAUGCGCAGUGAUAUUUCCCCCCCUUCCUCUUUCUGUGGGGUUUUCGACGCCUCGGCCGGUUGCAGAGCCCUGAGUCCAGGCGGAGCUGAAGGGGAGGGGCCUGGUUUAAGCCCACCCUACUCCGCUGGGGGAGGUGGUUAUGUCAGCCGAAGCCACGGCAGACCCGGCCCCACCCCUGGAGAAUUGUGCUCCUCUGGUUUCGACCCAGCAGCGACGAGAUGGCGGGGGAGGGGUAGCUGGUGUGACCUUUGACCUCAAACCUUUGAACCCCAGCAGCAAGUAUGUCAAGCUGAAUGUGGGUGGGUCCCUGCAUUACACCACUGUACAGACCCUCACCAAACAAGACACGAUGCUCAAGGCGAUGUUCAGUGGCAGGAUGGAGGUGCUCACAGACAGUGAAGGUUGGAUCUUGAUUGACCGGAGUGGGCGUCACUUUGGAACGAUCUUGAACUACUUGCGUGAUGGGUCCGUAUCCCUGCCGGAGUCUCAGCGAGAGCUGGAGGAAGUAUUGUGUGAGGCCCGCUAUUACCUCAUCCAAGGCUUGGUUGAGGACUGCCAGCUGGCACUUCAGCAAAAAAGUGAAGCCUAUGAUCCUCUCUGCCACAUCCCCAUGGUGACAUCGCCCAAGGAAGAGCAGCAGAUCAUCUCAAGCUGUUCCAAGCCUGUGGUGAAACUCCUGCAUAACAGAAGUAAUAACAAGUAUUCAUACACAAGUAACUCUGAUGACCACUUACUGAAGAAUAUUGAACUAUUUGACAAACUAGCUCUGCGAUUCAACGGACGAGUGCUCUUCAUCAAGGAUGUUCUUGGGGAUGAGAUCUGCUGUUGGUCGUUUUACGGGCAAGGCCGCAAGAUUGCUGAAGUCUGUUGCACCUCCAUUGUCUAUGCCACCGAGAAGAAGCAAACCAAGGUGGAGUUUCCCGAGGCCCGGAUCUUUGAGGAAACCCUGAACAUUCUGAUCUACGAGACACCACGAGUGCCAGACCGGGCUCUCCUGGAAGCUACUGGUGGGGUGGCAGGUGGUGGUGGAGGCCCCCUCCGAGCAGGUGAUGAUGAAGAUGGGCGGGAACACCGCGUCCGACGGAUCCAUGUUCGUCGACACAUAAUGCAUGAUGAGCGCCCUCAUGGCCACCAAGCUGUUUUCAAAGACUGAGCCCAGUCGUGCCCAGUCUCCUCAUCACUCCAUCCAUUCAGUGCCAAAGGAGGACUAGCUUCCUCCUUUUGACCUUUCAACCCAAGGUCUUUUCAAUGGCGUUUGCUUCCUUCCUAGUCCCCCUCCCCUCUUGGGCUGCCCCCUCUGGUAUUUCUCGACAUUCAGAACCUUCCUGAUUCCUUUAACCAACCUUCACUGUAACAACUGAUAACAUGUUCUCUGCUACAUUUUACUGGCUGGCUCUUUCCAGUGUUGAUUUUCCUUAACAUGUCAGUCUUAAAACCUACAUGCUUGACUUUCUCUUUUCUUUUCCUGUGAAUCUUAACCUGCCUCAUCAUCUUCAAGAUGAGCCAAUGCUGUAGUUAUUUAUUUGCAACUUCUUCGAUCCAGGAUAUCUUUCCUUUAGACAUGACACUGCCACACUCUGAAUUUUGGAACUACAUAAUUAACAAAUUAGCACUGUUUGGGCAAAGCUAUGAAUCAAAGGUGCCUGGUUUCCAUCUUUGUGUAAUGUUGGACCUCCAUUUUUGAUCACUGCCAUGUCAGAAUACCAUUGCUGACAUCUUGUCUACUUUAUCUUUCAGAAGCAACGGCAAGGUGCUACCUUGAUAAGGCUGUGUUCAUUUAAAAAAUUAUACAAACUCUAAUUCUCCUGUCCACACUAUCUGGUCUUCUUUGCCCCUGUCUUUCAGUUUAUGGUAGAUUUUGUUCCAAAUCUUUCUCCCCCUGCCUCAUGUGUUUACCUGCUUUCAAAAUAUAGGAUUGAAACUUUUCUAGGCAAAGUUGUGACUAAACUUCAUUUAGCAUUAGAUUGACAUAACUAGGAUUGCAAAAUAUGCCCCAUUUAAGUGAUUUGGUGGAGAAGCAGAUUUGUUUAAACCACAUAUAGCCCCCAGUGAACACAAGUAACUAAAUUUGCCAGUACAUUGAUGUUAGUCUUCCUGUUAGAACAAGUAGUAUUCAGUGUGUCCAUCAAGACAAUUCUCUUGCUUGCCCUUAUUCUUUGCUCUAGGUUCACUAAUAUUAUUUUUGUCAUUAUCGAGAAAAUUGCCUCUGGUUCUGAAUCACAGGCUGAAAUCCAGCAGUGUAACCUUGUAAGUCUAUUGAUAUAAUCAGCUGUGGCAGAUUUAUUUGGAAAUUAAACAUUUUCCACCCACGCCCAAGGUCCUAAGGCUCUCAUUGGCUCCCUUUUGUCAUGGGGAAGCCAUUGAGUGCUGCAGGAUUGGGGGAGUGUCUUUAAAUUCUGAAAAUUGCUGCUAGCAGGAUGAUUUUAUCAUCAGUGGUAAUUUGGGGGAAUUGAAGACUCCCUGUCUCAUUUUUUCUCCUUGGUGAAAAAUAUCCCUAAGGAUCUUUUGAGGGUAAUGGGAAAUUUUUAAUUAAAAAAAUACAACUGAUGACAUCAUCAGUGUUAUGCAGUGCACAUUGAGUUGCUGGAUUUCAGCCAUUGUUUGAUAUGGUUAACUUAAGUAUGUGUCAUCUGACCUGGAUCCAUAUGAACUCCCUCUUCAUGUCUGCUUGCAGUACAAGGUACAGUAGUUUGAUGUGUGCUUCAAAAUACAUAUGGUCCUUCAGAAUCCCAGUUUACUAGGCAUCCAUUCCCAAGCAAUAGGAUGUGAACACAUGAUUUUUUCCACACACCCACAAUAAACAAAUAUUUAAGGUACAGAAUUCAUAUUCCCUUAUUCAUUCUCUUCUUCAAACAGACAGAGUAAUUAAGUCUUUCCUGCCUUCCAGAAUGUUUUCACACCUCCUUGUUUUCUGUAGGGAAUCACAGGCAGCUUUACAUCACCUUCAGCAAAAUGUAAUAUGGACACUCCAGCAGUCUCUUGAGCCAGUUCUUUGAUGGAACAUGUGCAGAUGCUCCUAAAGAUGGUAGAGAUGGAGUGGCAGGGUAGAGGAAGGUGAGCUUGUCUUGAACCGUUACAUUUUGUAACAUGCCGUCUGAUAAAGGUACUUUUACAGAGGGAAAGGCAUUCUUUUCCCCCACCCUCUUUGUUUUUCUUUCUGUAUAUCCUCCCCUCCCUGGAGGAGGUAACCUUGCAUUAAUUAUUGUAACUUUUUGUAUUUGCAUAAUUUAUUUUAAAUUGUGUUUUUUUCUAUUAAAUUAUUGUAAUAAAGGUUCCUGCUUAAAAA